AUGGGAGGCCAAUACCUAUGCAAGGCUGAUAGAUGUUCUUCGGCAGAGAAGUCCGAGACCACAAAAAGACGUGAAGGUGACAUCCGUGAUUGCCUUCGACCUUCGGAUCCCGUUGACAUUGUAUGGCCUCUAUCUUCAACCGUAUUGGGACUACUCGAAGAGACGUCGCAAAUUGCAGAACCUCUACCAGAUGGUCUGCCUCAACGGAUGCUUGACCUCGUGCGAACAAGCGAGGUUAUUUGGAAGUCCCCGGUCCUGGACCAAAUGAUGGUUUUCAAGUGUGACACCGAUGUCGUUGUGAAGGCGAUAUGGUGUGUGGAUGACGACACUGAAUAUACGACACUGCAAUAUCUCGAAUGCCACAAACCUGACAUCCCUGCUCCAAGGCCUCUAGGGUAUACCUACAAGCCAUCGACGACUCUUGCGACAGUGUGGCCUCAAAUGGACAACGACCAGAAAGCUUCCAUCAGAGAUCAGCUGGGCGUGAUUAUGUCAAAUCUGAGGUCUAUACCUUACACUGAUGGUUCCGCACUUGGAGGUGUGGCCGGUGAAGGUUGCAAAGACAUCAGAAGACAUCUACGAAAGAGUGAGAAGCCGAUUCGGAGCCUUGUUGAAUUUGAAGAAUUCUUGUUCUCGAGCCCUCAUCCUGGCGGUCAAGUCUUCACUGAGCUGCUUCGUCAACUUUACCCGACUCAACCCACGGAGAUGAAGAUUGUUUUCACGCACGGUGACCUUCGACCAGACAACAUUACGGUAGACAUGGACGACUGCAACCAAUGGAUUGUCACUGGGCUUCUUGUUUGGGAAUACAGUGGAUUCUACCCAGAAUAUUGCGAAGCUUUCAAGUGCACUAACUGCUUAGCUCCAUACAAGGAGGAUGAUUGGUAUCUGUUUCUGCCCGAUUGCAUUUCGCCAAAACGAUAUGCUCAUUGGUGGCUCCUAGAUAGAGUUCGAGACGCCAGGGUUGUUUGA